AUGGCGGCGCCAUCAUCAUCGCCGCCACCACGGCGAACCGCCCUACCGCUGCUGCUGCUGGUGUCUCUCCUCCUCCUCUCCGUCGUCGCCGGCCAUGCGGCAGCAAGAGUAGCGGCGGCGGCGGCUGAAGCGAGAUCGAGAAGCCAAGAGCAGUAUAGAGAUGUGGUGUACGAGGAGAAGGCGACGAGCUUCGCAGGGGGCGACGAGCGGUGCGGCGGCGGCGCCGGAGGGGGAGAAAGAGAGGACGAGGAGUGCCUGAUGAGGAGGACGCUGGUGGCGCACACCGACUACAUCUACACCCAGGGAGGAGGCCACAACUAG